AUGUCUUCUUCGUCUCAAACUCCGGCUGUUGCUGGCAGUGCAGGCGCUGAGGAACUCCCCGACAGUGGCAGCAAAGCCCCAGACAGGACAACAGAAGAGGAAGAGCCACAGCUUCCACCGCUUACGCCGGCACAGUUCCGCGAGUACAACCGGAUGGCCGAGCAUAUGGACCACUUUGUUUGGACCAUGAUAUACGAUGCGUGCGAGAAACGGAAACGGCCGGCGGGGAUGUCAAUACGGCAGUUCCUAGACGAGGGCCUGCAGUUUAUCAACUUCCUGACCACCCACCACUCGAUCGAAGAGUCGUAUGUUUUCCCAAUGCUUGCCAAGCGCAUGCCCGAGUUCCAGCCUCCGACAAAGAAGAAGCCAGGCGCGGCAGCCAGCAAUGGCAGCGCGAAGGCCGCCCUGCUGAUCCAACAGCACCGGGAAAUCCAUGCGGGCAUGGAUGCCUUUGAGGACUACGUGCGGCGGUGCAAAAGCGGCGAGACGGAGCUAGAGAUGACGGUGCUCAAGGCGCAGAUGGACUCGUGGGGUAAAGUGCUCUGGCAACAUCUCGACGAGGAGGUUGCGGCGCUCGGUGCCGAGAAUAUGCGCAAAUACUGGUCCCUCGAAGACAUGCGGCGGAUGCGGAUGUAA